AUGGCUGACGAAGUUUACGAGGGUGCCAUUGGUAUCGAUCUUGGUACCACCUACUCCUGUGUUGCCAACUAUGAGGGAACCAAUGUCGAGAUCAUUGCCAACGAGCAAGGUAGCUUCACCACCCCAUCUUUCGUUUCCUUCACCGACAAGGAGCGUUUGAUUGGUGAGUCUGCAAAGAACAAUGCUGCCAUGAACCCAAAGAACACCAUCUUCGAUAUCAAGCGUUUGAUCGGAAGAAGAUUCGAUGACCCCCACACCACCAAGGACAUUCAAUCAUGGCCUUUCACCGUUGUUGAUCAAGAUGGAUCUCCAUUCGUCCAAGUUGAGUAUCUCGGAGAGGAGAAGACUUUCUCCCCACAAGAGAUCUCAUCCAUGGUCUUGACCAAGAUGAAGGAAAUUGCCGAAGUCAAACUGGGCAAGAAGGUCUCAAAGGCCGUCAUCACUGUCCCAGCUUACUUCAACGACAACCAACGUCAAGCUACCAAGGAUGCUGGUGCCAUUGCCGGUCUUAACGUUCUCCGUAUCAUCAACGAGCCUACCGCUGCUGCCAUUGCCUACGGUCUUGGUGCUGGAAAGUCCAACAAGGAGCGUAACGUUCUCAUCUACGAUCUCGGUGGUGGAACUUUCGAUGUUUCCCUCCUCAACAUCCAAGGUGGUGUCUUCACUGUCAAGGCUACCGCGGGUGACACCCAUUUGGGUGGUCAAGAUUUCGAUACCAACUGGCUGGAGCACUUCAAGAAGGAGUUCACCAGAAAGACCAAGAAGGACAUGUCCAACGACCCCCGUGCCCUCCGUCGUCUCAGAACUGCUUGCGAACGUGCUAAGAGAACCCUCUCCAACGGUGCCGCCACCAACGUUGAGAUUGACUCCUUGUUCGAUGGUGAGGACUUCAACGCUCAAAUCACCCGUGCCAGAUUCGAGGACCUUAACUCCAAGGCCUUCAGCGGUACUUUGGAGCCUGUUGCUCAAGUCCUCAAGGAUGCCAACAUUGACAAGAGCAAGGUUGACGAGAUCGUCCUUGUCGGUGGUUCUACCCGUAUCCCAAGAAUUCAAAAGCUCUUGAGCGAAUUCUUUGACGGAAAGAAGUUGGAGAAGAGUAUCAACCCUGAUGAGGCCGUCGCUUACGGUGCCGCUGUUCAAGCCGGUAUCCUUUCAGGAAAGGCUACCUCUGCCGAGACCGCUGACCUCCUCCUUUUGGAUGUCGUUCCUCUUUCUCUCGGUGUUGCCAUGGAGGGUAACAUCUUCGCCCCUGUUGUUACCAGAGGUCAAACUGUCCCAACUAUCAAGAAGAGAACCUUCACAACUGUCAGCGACAACCAACAAACCGUCCAAUUCCCAGUCUUCCAAGGUGAGCGUGUCAACUGCGAGGACAACACCUCUCUCGGAGAGUUCACCCUUGCCCCAAUUCCUCCAAUGAAGGCAGGUGAGGCCGUUCUCGAGGUUGUCUUCGAGGUCGAUGUCAACGGUAUCUUGAAGGUUACCGCUACUGAGAAGACCUCCGGACGUAGUGCCAACAUCACAAUCUCCAACUCUGUUGGUAAACUCUCAUCUUCCGAGAUUGAGAAGAUGGUUGCAGAUGCUGCUGAGUUCAAGAGCAGUGACGAUGCUUUCAGCAAGAGAUUCGAGUCCAAACAACAACUCGAGUCAUACAUUUCAAGGGUCGAGGAAAUUAUCUCUGACCCAACUAUGUCCAUCAAGUUCAAGCGUGGUAACAAGGAGAAGAUUGAGUCUGCUUUGAGUGAUGCUAUGGCUCAACUCGAGAUUGAGGAUUCUACUUCUGAUGAUUUGAAGAAGAAGGAGCUCGCAUUGAAGAGAGCUGUCACCAAGGCCAUGUCCACUCGUUAA